AUGACGCCGCCGCCGCCCCAGCCGCCGUCCCCGGGCCCGAACCCCGCCGCGGACUCCGCCGCCGCCCCGCGCCCCGGCCCGGGAACUCUGGUCGUCCUGUUCGGGGCCACGGCCGGGGCGCUCGGGUCGGACCUGGGCUCCGACGAGACCGACUUGAUCCUCCUGGUCUGGCAAGUGGUGGAGCCGCGGAGCCGCCAGGUGGGCUCGCUGCACAAGUCGCUGGUGCGCGCCGAGGCGGCCGCGCUGAGCCCGCAGUGCCGCGAAGCGAGCGGCCUGAGCGCCGACAGCCUCGCGCGGGCCGAGCCGCUGGACAAGGUGCUGCAGCAGUUCUCACAGCUGGUGAGCGGGGAUGUGGCUCUGCUGGGCGGCGGCCCCUACACGCUCUGCACUGAUGGGCAGCAGCUGCUGCGACAGGUCCUGCACCCCGAGGCCUCCAGAAAGAACCUGGUGCUCCCCGACACCUUCUUCUCCUUCUACGACCUUCGCAGAGAGUUCCAUGUGCAACACCCAAGCACCUGCCCUGCCAGGGACCUCACUGUGGCCACCAUGGCACAGGACUUGGGGCUAGAGACAGAUGCCACAGAGGAUGACUUUGGGGUCUGGGAAGUGAAGACAAUGGUAGCUGUCAUCCUCCAUCUGCUGGAAGGGUCCAGUGGUCAAUUGUUCUCGAAGCCUGAGGUGGUAAAGCAGAAAUAUGAGACUGGGCCUUGCAGCAAAGCCGAUGUGGUGGACAGUGAGACAGUGGUUCGGGCCCGCGGGUUGCCCUGGCAGUCAUCAGACCAGGACGUGGCUCGCUUCUUCAAAGGGCUCAAUGUGGCCAGGGGCGGUGUGGCACUCUGCCUCAACGCCCAGGGCCGCAGGAAUGGCGAGGCCCUCAUCCGCUUUGUGGACAGCGAGCAGCGGGACCUAGCCCUGCAGAGACACAAGCACCACAUGGGUGUCCGCUAUAUCGAGGUAUAUAAGGCAACGGGAGAGGAGUUUGUCAAGAUCGCAGGGGGCACAUCACUAGAGGUGGCUCGUUUCCUGUCACGGGAAGACCAAGUAAUCCUGCGGCUGCGGGGACUGCCCUUCUCCGCUGGCCCAGCAGACGUGCUGAGCUUCCUGGGGCCAGAGUGCCCAGUGACUGGCGGUGCCGACGGGCUGCUCUUUGUGCGCCACCCUGAUGGCCGGCCCACGGGUGACGCCUUUGCCCUCUUUGCCUGUGAGGAGCUGGCACAGGCAGCACUGCGUAGGCACAAAGGCAUGCUGGGUAAGCGAUACAUAGAACUCUUCCGGAGUACGGCAGCUGAGGUGCAGCAGGUGCUGAACCGCUAUGCCUCCGGCCCCCUCCUUCCCACACUGACCGCUCCCCUGCUGCCCAUCCCCUUCCCACUGGCAGCUGGGACCGGGAGAGAUUGUGUCCGCCUUCGAGGUCUGCCCUACACAGCCACCAUCGAAGACAUCCUGAGCUUUCUGGGGGAGGCAGCGGCUGACAUCCGGCCCCACGGUGUGCACAUGGUGCUCAAUCAGCAGGGUCGGCCAUCGGGGGAUGCCUUCAUCCAGAUGACAUCAGCGGAGCGGGCGCUAGCUGCUGCUCAGCGUUGCCAUAAGAAAAUGAUGAAGGAACGCUACGUGGAGGUGGUCCCCUGUUCCACGGAGGAGAUGAGCCGUGUGCUGAUGGGGGGCACCCUGGGCCGCAGUGGCAUGUCCCCUCCGCCCUGCAAGCUGCCCUGCCUCUCGCCGCCAGCCUACGCCACCUUCCAGGCCACCCCAACACUCAUUCCCACUGAGACGGCAGCUCUAUAUUCCUCUUCAGCACUGCUCCCGGCUACCAGGGUGCCUGCUACCCCCACACCCAUUGCCUACUACCCGGGGCCAGCCACGCAACUCUACAUGAACUACACAGCUUACUACCCCAGCCCCCCCGUGUCCCCCACCACAGUGGGCUACCUCACCACACCCCCUGCUGCCCUGACCUCUGCUCCUACCUCAGUGUUGUCUCAGCCCGGCACCCUGGUCCGGAUGCAGGGUGUCCCAUACACAGCUGGUAUGAAGGAUCUGCUCAGCGUUUUCCAGGCCUACCAGCUAGCCCCUGAUGACUACACCAGUCUGAUGCCUAUUGGUGACCCGCCUCGCACUGUGCUACAAGCCCCCAAAGAAUGGGUGUGUUUGUAAGUCAGGGAGCCAGGAGGUAAGAGCUGGCUGGUGUCCUGAGCUAACUUGUCUCUCCUGCAUCGAGAGGACCAGCACCCUCAAUCCAGUGGCUUCUUUCUGGCUUGUCAGAGUUCUCGAGAGGCACCCAGAGGAGCCCAAGCCCCAGCUCCAUCACUCAAUUAUUGUUCUGCUUGUUCACCCCAAAGAUGAUGGCUAGACCCUGCAUGCAGGGUUGGGGGUGGAAUGGUGCUACCCUCCUCCCGAUGGCCUGAGCUGGGCCUCUUGAGUAGCACCCAGAGAGCCUUUGGCCUGUUCUGGCUAUGGCCCAUGCCCACAGAUUCUGUGGGGUUCACAGCUCCACAGCAGGCUUGCCUGCUUUUUAAAAAUGUAAGCCCUGGUACCUUCAAUGACUCCUGGGAGCUUCUGGAUAAAGAUCCUGGUGUUCUACCUUUUUUGUCCUUUCCUGUAGGGGGCAGGGAGGCAGAGAAUGCUGGCCUCAGCCCCCAGGAUAUCUGGACCUCAGCAGCCACGUUGUGCCAGGGGUGGUCCCGUCUAAGGAUACCCGUCCACCUGCAGUUGAUACAAGGAAUAUCAGAUGGCAAAAAUCACAGGGUAUUUUGAUGAACUGUGCUGCAGUAUUUCCAGAGGACACUAGGGGGCAGGAGGCCCCCACACAAAAACUCAGGCUUGAAUUUCAAAGGGGAUUUUCUGCCUAAUUUUCAUGUGCACACCUUGGGCAGGCCAGUUGUCCUGAACUCAGCAGACACUGUGGAAUGUCCUUUGCAUCCAUUAGAGGGUGCGGAACUGAAGCUUCGGAAAGAGUUUGGCACUCUACCCUUUCCUCCGUAAAAUAAACAGAUUCCUAACCAAGUGGAUUUUUUUAAAGUGGAAGUGCCUACCUUUGGCCCCCAGAGUGAGGGGUACCACACCAGCCCCAGGCGGAGGAAAACUCAGGCAGAUUUCAAGGACACUAUUGACCUGUCAACUGUUUAUUAUUUCAGCACUGUAAUUGAGGAGCUUGAAUUGAUGGCUCUUCCCUUUGUAUUUGUGUUAAGGAGCACUACACUCCUGUAAAAGAUUUUAAAAUACAAAAUGUACAAGA